UUUUCAGACAAAAUGACCGGCGUCUACAGAAAGCCGCUCUGGGAGAUGGCACCUCUGUAUCCACUGGAGAGGCUUCCCACACCGCUUGCCGGCCUCAGAAUCACUGUUCAGGAGUACAUGGCAAUGCUGAAAUCUGGCCGGAAAGUGUAUGAGAUAAAGCCCGAUGAUCGGAUCUUGAAGAAAGUGGUGAUGAGCGAGAUCGAGAAGAUCCCGGACAUGUGGGCAGGCGAGAAGAACACCAAUCGGCAGGCGGAGCACUAUGCGACUGUUGGAGCGGCCGUGUAUGCAAGGACAGGCAAUUUGUUGAAUAUGAGACAACUAACGAUCAUCUUCAAAUUCGGCAAGGACGCCCUCCGCAAUCGCCUUCGUACCGCAAUCGUUAAACAGCAACUCUCACCGGAAAAAGUCGAGGAGCAGCUGUGGCACUGGAGCUACUACGGCUUUGUCCGCUUCUACCGUCGCAAUCUCCUUCCGUGGGAGCUUUUCCUGAAGCGUCAGGUGAAUCAGUUGAAUCCUGACAAGAAGGUGUACACGGAUAUUGAAGAUGAUGAUAAGGGGGAGAUCAUCGCUGGAGAAUGGUUUGACGAGUCACAGAUUAGACAUGCAGCUGAGAUAAAUGAGAUGGAGAGGUCGCCGGAAGGAUCAGAGGGAGGUUCGGUGGAGAAGGAAGUGAAGGUCGAGGCGCCUAUUAUGGUUUAUCAGGAUAAUAGCACCAGCCUCUCCCGCACUAAAGGCAAUCGGCAGAGCUCCAAAUAUUAUCAACAAGACGAUGACGAUCAGCCACCUCCACUGAUGCAUCCAACUGAGGAGUAUGCAAAAUCGGUGGUUCAGCACCGUCAGUGGAUUCAGAAUUUGGGAAAACCCCAGAUUGAAUUGACGCCGAGAAGAAGAAAUGAGAACAAUUUGGUGACGUCAUCGAACUUGUCGAGCAGAAGCUCCCCAACAGUGGCAACCGAUUUUGCUCAGGAGAUGAUCCAGAUCACGUAUCAAGCAACUCGGAUCUCACGAGAGCAGCCGGAAUGUGUGAAGCUGCUCCGCAAGGCUCUUUUUGACACGGUAUUGGCGUUUGACCAAAAGGAGUACAAAUGUGUGGCGGAUUUGUUCAGGGAUCUUGCCGAUCGGGCUGGGAAAUGAUUUUCCCGAAUGAUUAUUGAUUUGUUUUAUUGAUUUUUUAUUGACUUUUUUGAUUGAUCUUUUACAUUUUGAAUAAACUGGUACUGUUGUUUUACAA